UCAUGCCCCGCAACAUAAAACUGACCUGAGCCAAAUAUUUAUGGGGCUGGAGGACAACAUUGUCACUUUUGUGAAGAAUGAGCUAAAGAAAAUGCAAAAUCAUCUAAAUGCAGAAUCCCCUGAAAGUCAGAGAGAAGAUGUGAAAAUAUUGGACAGUGAAGACGGGGAGCAGAGGAGGAUCAUUGGAGAGGCACUUCUGCAGAUCACAGUUUAUUUCCUGAGGACAAUGAAACUGGAAGAUCUGGCUGCCUGUCUGGAGAGCAAAAACCCUUAUUCAGGUUGUAGGUGUGAGCUUAAGUCUACCCUAAAGAAGAAGUUUGAGUGUGUGUUUGAGGGGAUUGCUAAACCAGGAAACGCAACCAAUCUGAAUAAGAUCUACACAGAGCUCUGCAUCACAGAGGGAGGGACCGGAGUGGUCAACACUGAACAUGAGGUCAGACAGCUUGAAAUGUUUUCCUGGAAACCAAACAGACCAGAAACAACAAUCAGGUGUGAAGACAUCUUUAAAGCUUCGACUGGAAGAGACAAACCAAUCAGAACAGUUAUGACCAAAGGAGUGGCUGGCAUCGGGAAAACAUUCCUGACACAAAAGUUCACUUUGGACUGGGCUGAAGACAAGACCAACCAGGACAUCCAGUUCAUGUUUCCAUUCUCAUUCAGAGAGCUGAAUUUACUGAAGGAUAAAAAGUUCAGCUUAGUGGGACUUAUUCAUCACUUCUUCACUGAAAUCAAAGAAGCAGGAAUCUGCAACUUUAAAAAGUUCAAAGUUGUGUUCAUCUUUGAUGGUCUGGAUGAGUGUCGACUUCCUCUGAACUUCCACAUCACUGAGAUCCUCACUGAUGUUACAGAGUCCACAUCAGUGGAUGUGCUGCUGACAAACCUCAUCGGGGGAAAGUUGCUUCCUUCUGCUCACAUCUGGAUAACCACACGACCUGCAGCAGCCAACCAGAUCCCUGCUGAGUAUAUAGACAUGGUUACAGAGAUCAGAGGGUUCACUGACCCAAAGAAAGAGGAGUACUUCAGGAAGAGACAGAGACAAGGAAGAGGCCAACACCAUAAUCUCUCACAUCAAGAAGUUACGAAGUCUCCACAUCAUGUGUCACAUCCCAAUCUUCUGCUGGAUCACUGCUACAGUUCUAGAGAGUUUGUUAAAAACCAAACAGGCUGGAGGGAAGCUGCCCAAGACACUGACUGAGAUGUACAUUCACUUCCUGGUGGUUCAGACCAAAGUGAAGAACAUCAAGCAUGAUGGAGGAGCUGAGACAGAUCCUCUCUGGAGUCUAAAAAGUAAGAAGAUGAUUGAAGCACUGGGGAAACUGGCUUUUCAGCAGCUGCAGAAAGGAAACCUUAUCUUCUAUGAAACAGACCUGACAGAGUGUGGCAUUAAUGUCAGAGAAGCCUCAGUGUACUCAGG